AUGUUGCCAUCGGUCGGGAAACUGCCUUUUCCAAAGCACCUUGUUAUCAAAGGAAUAGCUAGUAUACAAAGUGUGGGGAAGGAGCUUUAUGGCUACUCAGAGGUGCCAUUUCCAUUACUGGAAACUAUUUGUUUUUGGGGUAUGAAAGGAUGGGAAGUUUGGAUCCCUCAUGAAGAGGAAGAAGCUAAAGCUUUUCCUCACCUCAGAGAACUUUCUAUUAAAUUGUGCUCGAAGCUGGAAGGAUUAUUACCCAAAUAUCUUCCUUCUUUGGAAAAGCUUGUCAUUAGAAGCUGUGAGAAGUUGGUCGUAUCAAUUGAAAGUCUUCCAAGACUCUGCAAAUUAGACAUUGUUGGAUGUGAACAGAUGAUGUGGGGAAGUACAAUCGAUCUCAGCUCACUGAAAUCAGUGGUUCUUUGGGAUAUCUCAACUCACAUCUGUUCAACAGAGAUAUUCACAUACGGGUUAUUAAAAGUAGAAGAAAUGGUGAUUUAUGGUUCUAAAGAGCUGACAUCUUUGUGCCAAAGUACAGCUGAAUGGCUUCAAGAUAAUAGCUCCCUUUGUCGAUUGGAAAUUUGGCAAUGUCCCCAACUUCCGUGCGGGGUGGCAGAGGAAGAAGAAGAAGAAGGACAAGAACAGCUUGGGAUGCCUUGCAGACUUGAGUAUCUGGAAUUGAAUCAAUGCGAGCGCUUUGAAAAGCUACCAAAAUCAUUGUGCGGCCUUAGUUUUCUUGAAGAAAUAUGCAUCACAGACUGCCCAAAACUUGUUUCUUUUCCAGAGACAAGCAUGCCUCCCCAGCUAAGAAUCAUCGAAAUUGAAGAAUGCAAUGCACUGAAAUCGUUACCUGAGGCUUGGAUGAACAACAGCAAUACAUAUCUUGAAAGCUUGUCCAUUAAAAAUGGGACCCAUAGCAACACCUCUCUUCUACAGUUCUUGGUAGUCAACUCUUGUCGAUCUCUCACAUCCUUGUGGUCAAGAAGUGAGUUACCUGAUACGCUUGAACACAUUAAGCUUUGGCGUUGCUAUAGUCUUGCUUCCUUGUCAUCAGGAGGCAAUCUACCUAUGGCUCUGAAAUCCCUAAUUGAUCUUCACAAGCUACGCCAUCUUCAAAAGAUGACUAUACCUGAUUGUCCAAAGCUUGUUUCCUUUCCUGAAGAAGGCUUGCCUCUCGGGAACCUGACAUCGCUCUGCAUAGACAGCUGUAAGAAACUGAAGGCCCUACCUAACCGGAUACACAAACUCACUGCUCUUAAACAUUUAUCAAUAAAAAAUUGUCCGAGCAUGGCCAUGUUCCCUGUCCAUGGCUUUCCUAUCAGCCUUGCAUCACUUGAAAUUCAAGAUUUGAACAUCUUUAAACCACUGUUUGAUUGGGGGCUCUACAGACUCACUUCUCUUAGAAAUCUCAGUAUUGGCAAGGGAUGCCCAGAAGUGGUGUCAUUUCCACAAGAAGAGAGUGGGAUGAUGCUUCCUACCUCCCUAACCCAUUUGAAAAUUCAAAAUUUUCUGAAUCUGGAACGCCUGUCAUCUGAUAUUCAGAAUCUGACUUGCCUGGAAAAACUCUGCCUUUUUGCAUGUCCUAAGCUCAAAUUUCUUCCUGAGGAUUGCCUGCCUUUCUCUCUUCUGCAACUGCAAAUUUGUGAUUGUCCAUUGCUCAAACAAAUAUGGGAAAAGCAUGGAGGACAAAAUUAUUGGCCAAUGAUCGCACGCAUACCUUUGGUCAUAAUUGAUUGCCUUAUCAUGAAGUACAGACCCCAUGAUCAAGAUUGA